AUGGAUGAGCUUGUCUGUAUUGAAAAUCGCCAACCUGAUAUUUUACUAUGGGACAACGAACUCAAUGGAAAUCCAUUAAGGAUAAUGAACGUGUCUCACUUGGAAGAGUUAUCAUUUUCGGAAGGGUUAGAGAUUGAUGAGCCUGUGGCCGUCUGGUUCAAGUGGAAAGGGAAGUGGCAUGCAGGAAUAAAAUGUGCAACAGAUGAUUUGCCAAUGUCCACUCAGAAAGACAAACCAGUUCAUGAUAAUCAGAACAAAUAUUUGAUCGUAUUUUCUCCGGAUACUAAGAAUUAUUCUUGGGUUAAAAUGCUUUUUGUUCAAUCAAUUCAUGAAUUUCCUCAGCCUAUAGCAUAUGAAACUCAUCAAGAUGGAUUGAAAAUUGUACAAGACUUGACUAUUGCUCGACGGUUUACAAUGCAAAACCUCGUUAUCGAAAUGAUCAAUAUUGUUGAACAUAUUCACUCUCAUGCUUUAAUAGAAGAUGCUCGCGAUGUGAGGUUUUGGAAACAAUUUGCUAUGGAAGCUUCUCACUGUAAAAGGUAUUCAGAUCUUGGAAGAAUGGUUAAGCGAGUGCAAAAGAGCAUUCUGCAACAUUAUAUAAUGGCUGAUUGGAAACUGCAUUGUUCUAAGUCUUGGGUUGAUCGAUGCGAAAAGGCAAAAAAUGCAGAAACAAUUGAGCUGCUAAAUGAGGAUUUGAUUGAUUCCAUUUUGUGGAAUGAUGUCAGCACUCUCUGGAAUAAAGCCCCAGAACCAAAAUUAGGUUAUGUUUGGAAAACACUUAAGCAUGAUGUAGUGAAAUGGUUUUCAAGAAAUCCUUGGAUUUCUAGCAGCAACGGCUCGAAGACACAUGCUUCAAGUUCUUAUGGAUUGUGCCAAAAAAGGUUUCAAGUUGGUUUCAUAAGGCCUAAACUUCAAAUUCGUCGUCAAUGCGCACCUUCAACGCAUAAAAGUACCGUGGAGGUGCCCGUGGAAACUGAGUUUCCUAGUCAGUUGAUGAAUGAAUUGAGUGAUAUCGGAGUCGAGGCUGUAGAUUCUGAUGUCUUGCCCAUCGCUGACAUGGUAUCAAGGCCUAUGGAAGAUGAAGAAAGGCCUACGGAUGAUGAAGAAAGGCCUAUGGAAGAUGAAGAAAGGCCUACGGAUGAUGAAGAAAGGCCUAUGGAAGAUGAAGAAAGGCCUACGGAUGAUGAAGAAAGGCCUAUGGAUGAUGAAGAAAGGCCUACGGAUGAUGAAGAAAGGCCUAUGGAUGAUGAAGAGGCUAUUGAAUUAUUUGUAGAACCUGAUAAUACUAAGAGUCAGCAAUGCGAAAAGUUUAUCGAAGCCAAGGGAAGGCGAUGUAGGGGACGAGCAAUUGGUAGUGGUAAAUAUUGUUGUGCUCAUUUCUCAAGAAAACCUGCAAAACAAGUUAACUCUCCUACUGCAAUGUGUGGAGGUACAACUGCGGCUGGUACUAAAUGCAGGCAUCAUUCACAUCCUGGCUUUUCUUUCUGCAGAAAGCAUUUGAUCAAUGUUAAGACAAACAAUAGUUCAAAUUCGAGACGUCGUAGAUCGAAAAGGAAAGCAAAAGUAAACUACUGCGGUUCGACUUCGAAGAGAAGGGUUCGCGAAUACUUAGGCGUGGCACCUCUGAAAAGUCCAUUGGAUAUUGAUCCGGUAUCAAUCAUCGAUGAUGAUGCUUUCAUUGCAAGGAACAUCUUAGGAGAAACACUCAUGCUUUCUGGUAAUGAUCACAAUGUGGCUCUUGAAUGGAUAGAUUCUCCUCUUAAUGGCAAUGAUACUGAUAAUGAUAAUUCAAUCAAGUGUAAGGUAUGUUUUGAAGAAUUUUCUGAUGACCAAUCACUUUUUAACCAUUGGAUGGAAAAUCAUGAAAGGGAAGCAUAUUGGUUAUUCAUGAGUUAUGCUUGUGCAAUUUGUUUUGAUUCCUUCACCAACAAGAAACUAUUGGAAUCACAUGUUCAGAAUAGACAUCAUGUGCAGUUCAUUGAACACUGCUUGCUUUUGAAAUGUAAUGCUUGUAGUGGUAACUUUGGAAUUAUGGAUGAAUUCUGGUUGCAUGUUAAGUCAGUUCACUCUUCAGAAUUCAAGGUAUCAAAAGCUUCUCCGGAAAUGAUUGAGCACAGAAAUGAAGCUUCUUUGGAAGAACCUCAGCCUAACAAUCUCAAUACCUUAUCGAUUGCUUCCACAACUUCCCGUGAAGUUAAUCUUGAGACGUUGUUGAUGGAGAAAUAUGGACAUUUACCAGAAAGACUUAAUUUGAAUGCAUCAGAAGAUUGCAGUGAGAGAGAAGUUAUUGAGAAUUCGCAUCGCAAUGAGAUUCACCCUGUCGUUAGUCCACACUCAUUGCAAAAGGCUAUAAUUUUAUGUGAUGACAUAAGCUUUGGGAAGGAAUCAACUCCAGUGAUCUGUGUAUUGGAUCAAGAAAUGCUCAAUUCUCUUUUUGAAAAAGAGCGAUACCGAUACAUAAAUCUUCCUAGUCCUUGGGAAUGUUUUGCAUAUGUGACAAAACAAAUGCUUGAUCGAUUUCCUAGUCAUAAUCACGAGGAGAGCCUACAACUGAGAUGUUAUUGUUCCACUUCAACAUGUUGUCGUAAAACGUGUGAUCAUAUAUACCUUUUCGAUAAUGCAAAAGAUGUAUUCGGGAAACCAAUGAGCGGAAAGUUCCCAUACAAUAAAAAUGGUCGACUCAUGUUGAAGGAAGGUUAUUCGGUGUACGAGUGUAACGAUAUGUGCAGAUGUAGUAAAACCUGUCAGAACAGAAUAUUGCAGAAGGGAAUUCAAGUUAAAUUGGAAGUCUUUAAAACAAAGGAAAUGGGAUGGGGAGUAAGGGCUGGCGAGGACAUUUUUCGCGGAACAUUCGUGUGUGAGUAUAUUGGAGAAGUUGUAGAAAAGAAGGAGGUACACAAAAGGCGAGAAAGAUACGGAAAAGAAAACUCUGAAUAUUUCUAUGACAUUGGUGCUCAUGUUAAUGACAUGAGUGGAUUUACAAAAGGACAUGCCCGCGGAUACGUUAUUGAUUCUACUAGUUAUGGAAAUGUCUCUAGAUUCAUUAAUAAUAGUUGCUCACCGAAUCUUGCUAACUACCAAGUUUUUAUAGAGAGCACGAAUUGUGAGCAUGCACAUAUUGGUCUUUAUGCAAAUAGAGAUAUUGCUUUGGGUGAGGAGUUGACAUACAGUAAUCACUAUGCGUUUGUUGGUGGAGAAGGAUAUCCUUGUCUUUGUGGAUCGUUAAAGUGCAGAAAGAGGAUAUGCUAA